AUGGCUGAGUAUGACAUUAAUUUGGAGGAAGCGCUUGGUGCGGCAAUAGAGGCAGCUCGUAAAGCAGGUGGUAUCAUGUGGGACUUCUACCAGUACCGCCGGGAAACCAUUGCAACCAUAGCUUCAAAAAUGCAAAAAGAUGCCUCUGACAGUGUUGAUGUGUCGUCAGGCACCGAAGCGGUGAAUCCCAGCGUCUCUCAGCUCCUUGACAUAAAGGCCAAAACUUCAACCACAGAUCUUGUCACAUAUUACGACAAACUUUGCGAUGAAGCGAUAAUGAAUGUUCUUCAGCAAUACUCGUCAACGGUUGAAAACCAGAAGCGCGGAGCAGGUUACACUUCGUUUCGCUUCGGUUUUAUUACGGAAGAAAUAUGCCCUGAUAAGCAACUGGAAGACGUACCGACUUGGAUUGUUGAUCCCAUUGAUGGCACUAUGUCGUUUGUGCAUGGGUCGUGCGACUGCUGCGUGAGUAUUGGACUCACCAUAAAGAAGGAAACGGUCCUUGCGGUGAUUUAUUGCCCGUUCCUCCCCUCUAUAAACAAAAACCCCCCAGGACCGACCUCCUCUGGCGUCUACGCUGGUGAGAUGUACACUGCCAUUCGAGGCCAAGGGGCCUUUCUCAAUGGCAGACGCAUAGUCGUGCAGACGGACACUACUCAAGAUGCGGCUAUGGUGGUCUUUGGCUACCCAAUGCGUCCCGUGCUAUCGGCAGAGGAACGGGAGAAAAAUAGCAACGACCUGGAGAAAGCCAGAAAGGAAAAGCACUGCGAAAUGUUAGAUGCUGCAGCACAUAUUCGAAAGAAGCUUGCCAUGUGUCCAGUCCAGGGACUGCGCAGUUACGGCGCCUGUGCACUCAUUUUAGCUUUUGUUGCUUCGGGUCGGAUUGACCUCUACAUGGAGCCCUCCGGCAAGAUAUGGGACGUCUGUGCAGGGAACCUUCUGGUCACUGAGGCGGGGGGUGUCGUGAAAAAUAUAUGGGGGGAUGAGUUCGAAAUGGAGCGGACAACAACAAUCAUCGCAGGUGCAAACGAGAAGCUCGUGUCUUUUGCCGCAGAAAUCUGCAAUGAGGUGAGCUAUGGAAGAUUUUGGCUGUAG